GCUGCCAGUCCGGCGGUGACGGAAUUGGAACUUAUCAUGACCGACUGGGUUGCCAAAUUGCUCGAUCUACCCGAAGAAUUCACCCACGCCAGUGGCAAAGGUGGUGGAGUAAUUCAAUUUCACAGUGCCAUGGAUGAUCCGGUUAUGAACGGUUACGAACAUGUUUUGUCAAUCAUGGUGGCCUGCUAUCAAAUCAAAGUGUCUCGUUGUCAGUUCAAACUAUCCCAGUAUCAACUUAGCUUGUCGCGAUCAAACAAACGUUUGGGUAUGCAUGAACAUGCCAAUUUACUUCUACGAGGUAGUCGACGGGUUGCCUUGGACACAGGGUCAAAACAUAUGCUUCCGGUAGUAGCUCACAAAAAAGCUGACCAGCACCCACAAGCAAAAACGUGCUCGGCCAGUGAUUGUAUGCUCGUCUGUAUGUUGGCCGCCCGACAUCAUGCCAUUCAACGACACAAACACGUGUUCCAAGAGAAAGGUGAUCCGAACCCGGAAAAUGCGGUACUGUCUCGUCUGGUGGCCUACGGCUCUAAUCUGGCUCACUCGUGUGUCGAAAAAGCCAGUGUGAUUUGUGUGGUGAAAUUUCACCAAAUAGACGUGGACGAGAAUUACAGUGUACGUGGUGAGGCGCUGCAAGUUGCCAUGGAGGAAGAUAUCAAAAACGGUUUGAUUCCAUUUUUUGUUUGUGCCACUCUGGGAACGACCGCGUGUUGUUCAUUUGACGAUCUGAAGACCAUUGGACCGGUUUGUGACAAUUUCAAUGUUUGGUUGCACGUGGACGGAGCGUAUGCUGGAAAUGCGUUAAUCUGUCCGGAAUUUCGUCACUAUCUCCAGGGGAUUGAGCAUGUCUGGUCCAUGAAUAUCAAUCCGAACAAGUGGAUGCUGGUUGGCUUUGACUGCAGUCUGAUGUGGUAA